GAGGCUAUCAAAGUAUAGGCACGGACACCUAGUCAUGACAUAAGCUGAGGUGUAUAAAAGCUUGAGUCUGGCAGCUGAACAGCACAGUCCAAGAUGGCGCGGCUUGUUGUGGCCGCGUUGGCCUUUGGCCUAAUUUGCAUUCAUGCAGCACCAGAACAUAACCGCGUCCGGCGAGGAUACGGAGGCGGUGGCCUCAGUGGAGGUGGCGGCGGUGGAGGCGGCGGAGGAUUCGGCGGAGGCGGUGGUGGCGGAUUCGGAGGUGGUGGCGGAUUUGGCGGCGGAGGCGGAAAAGGAGGUGGCCUCGGAGGCGGCUUAGGCGGCGGAAAUGGAGGUGGUGGAGGUCUUGGCGGCGGACAUGGCGGUGGUCUCGGCGGCGGUAAUGGAGGCGGUGGCGGCCUUGGCGGAGGCCUCGGCGGCGGUAACGGAGGCGGUGGCGGCCUCGGCGGCGGACAUGGCGGCGGUCUUGGCGGUGGUCUCGGCGGUGGAAAAGGCGGCGGCGGCGGACUCGGUGGCGGAAGUGGACUCGGUGGCGGAAGUGGUCUUGGUGGCGGACACGGCGGCGGCGGUGGUCUGGGUGGCGGCGGCAGUCUGGGUGGCGGCGGCGGCGGCGGACUCGGUGGUGGCGGCAGUGGCGGACAUGGCGGACAUGGCGGCGGCGGACUGGGUGGUGGCGGACUGGGAGGCGGUGGAUCUGGCGGAUAUGGCGGAUCAAGUGCGAAAGCUAGUGCUAGUGCUAGCGCUAGUGCGAAAUCUGGUGCUGGUGGAUACGGCUACCACGGUUAAAUCUGUUGAAGUGAAUCAUCGCAUAGGAUUGAAUACCAGUGAUACACAGUAGGAAAUUCCAAAAGCUCAGUGUGAUAAUUUAUAGUGAUACGUUUCGCCAUAAUAUUUGUACAUAAAAUAUAUAUAAAUAGUUAUAUAUGUAACAAUAAUAUAGCAUAUUUUGUUUUAAA